UUUCCAAAUUCCAAACCGACUAUACGUGAUCCAAAAUAUGUGUACGAUUUGUUGAAUUACAUGAAUUUAUGAUCAGAAUCCUACGCUCACUCAACUCCGGCGACUUACUCAUCGCCGCUCUCUUCCACUAUCUCCCGUUUCAGAAAACUCAAAACUGAGCCGCGGUUUUACUUUUCUCAUCUGUGACUUUUCCUUGCUAAAUUCUCAUACAUUUAACGACUGAUUCUCAACAGACUUAUAAUUUAUUUUUCUUAAUUUCUUUGCUAAUAUGCUGGACUGAUCAUCAUCGAGGAUUUUAGGGAUCUUAUAAAACUUAUUGCUUACUUUUUUUAGCAAUCACUCUUCUCUCUAUAUAAUUCUUUCUUCUUCUCUCAAAUUGCCGGCGAAACUCACCAAUCUACCACCACUUCCGCCGCCUCAGCCCCUUUUCUCGGACGUCAGCUCCCCGUGGAAUUGUGCUCGGCGUUCUCUUCUCAACAACAUCAAGAGGCCUUAAUUUUAUUGUUCAUCAGGUAUAUUUCUACCCGAAUGGCAUCUAGACGGAACGCCCAGUAUAGUCGUCUUGCUGAUGAUGACGAUAGCAAUUAUAAUGGUGGUGGUCAAAAUCGACAUGACCCCAGAUUUGAUUAUGCUCCCACAAGCUACGACAAAGUUCCUUGGAAAUCAAUAAUUCUUGCAAUCUUUUUGCUCCUACUUGGGUGCUUGCUUCUCUUGCUUGCAGUUUUCAUCUUCACUGGUCACAUGGGAGGGGAGUUCUCCCAAGCUUAUGGCCUCUUAGGACUAGGUUUACUUACCUUCCUGCCAGGAUUCUAUGAAACUCGGAUUGCCUACUACUCGUGGAGAGGUGCCCAAGGAUACCGCUUUGCCAAUAUUCCCGACUAUUGAGGGUUUGCUUUGUUUGAACGCAUCAUAUUUGUUUUUUUUACACAUUUAGCUUCCUCUGUAAGAACUCGUGGCCAUACAUACUAAUGUGUAUAAUAUGUAGAACCAAGUGCGCGUAGUGUGUAAAUUCUGUUUAGCUGCCACACACUGGUCACAAUUGCUUACAAAUGUCCAGACAAGUUUUGUAUCGGAGAGCUUCUUUAGUUGAAUCCAUGAGCUGCUAACUAUAUAUUUCCCUAAA